AUGACAGCCGCUGGGAAAGAAGAAAUUGAAACACCUGAUAACAAUGAAACAAGUGAAAAUGAUAUAGGCGCACCGUUAUCAAAUAAUUUAAUUUUGCUAUGCAAUGAAAACAAUAUCGAAAAAACAGAAAAAGAACAUCAAAUAAAGAAGUUACAUGAGAUUUUUAAAAAUUUAUCGGAAAAUUCUAUUAUCGUAUUUAAGUCGCAACAAAUAGAUGAUCCUGAAAUAUCAGUUGAAGAAAAGUUUGAAAUAGCAGAAAAUUUGUUUAAACAAUGUCAUGUAAAAUUUUUAAGGAAAUUUGGAUCAUAUUUAACAAAGGAGCAUUUAAUAUUUUUGCAAGAGAUUAUAAAUGAUCCAAACGAAGACUACGAAACAGACUAUUUAUUUAAAAAAUUUCUAUCAGAAAUAGAUCAUAGACAUUCUAAUAUUAAAAAUCGACGAUUUACUGUAAUGAAAAAAAUGAUACUUGAACAAAAUGAAUAUUUCAGUGAAACCGAAAUGAUGAAAAGAGAACCACUUCUAUAUGAGCAACUUGUUGGCCAAUAUCUAACUGAAACAGAGAAAAACGUUCGUGAUGGUUUUAAUCCUAACACAAAUUUAUUUUCUCAAAUACUUUUGGAAAAUUAUGAUCGUGACCAAUAUGAUAAAUUACGUAAAGAACAUGAAUUGGUUGAGGUGGAAAUGGAAAAAAAUUUAGAUGAUGAAGAAGAAUCGACUUGUGAAUCAACGAAUACAAAAGAAUCAUUUUCUUCUAGCAAAAUAGCACAUAAAAGUGAUGGGAAUAUUAGUGACGAAGAAAUGUUUCCAAAAAUUCCUCCAUCAUAUAAAAAGCUAUGGGGCGAUUUUGAUGACGAAAAUUCUGACAAUGAUAUACAUAAAUGGCUUCAAAAAUCGAAACCAAGUACCAGUAUUAGUUGUUCUAAAAAGUUAUGCAGUAUUUCUAAAGUCAAGCGAAAUAAAUUGGAUUCUAAACAAAAGUACGUAACAGCAGGAGAACGCGAAAUGCUAAGACAAGAAUUUUUAAGUAUUAUGAGAUCUAAGUUUGUUAAUGGUUCAGAUAAAGACUUUGAUUACACCAAUAUCGAUAACAACACUGAUUUAGAUGACUUGGAGCAGAUCAAUCAAGAUUGUGAAGAUAAAUAUUUUGAGGAGGAUGAUCUUGAAGAUCAUAAAUAUGAAAAUAGAUCUAUUGAGAGAUUUGACGAUCAAAAUGAAUCAGAAGAUGAUUUAGAUAUUUACAUGAAAGGUUUAAAUAAAGUCGCGAAUCAAAUGCAAAAGUUUUAA